GUUAACCACCCACGGUUUACUAUCAUUCUCACCCCAUCCAACCAUCCAGUACACACUCACGAUCAUGGCCGCGGAGCAGCAGCAGGUUCCGACCUUCAAGCUUGUUCUUGUUGGAGACGGUGGCACUGGCAAGACUACAUUUGUUAAGCGCCACCUGACAGGCGAAUUUGAGAAGAAAUACAUGGCAACACUCGGUGUUGAAGUCCACCCUCUUGGCUUUUCGACGAAUUUCGGCAACAUCCAGUUUGAUGUCUGGGACACCGCCGGCCAAGAGAAGUUUGGCGGUCUCAGGGAUGGCUAUUAUAUCAAUGGCCAAUGUGGUAUUAUCAUGUUCGAUGUGACUUCUCGCAUCACUUAUAAGAACGUCCCCAACUGGCACCGUGAUCUUGUGCGUGUCUGCGAGAAUAUUCCCAUUGUUCUGUGUGGGAACAAAGUCGAUGUGAAAGAGCGCAAGGUCAAGGCCAAGACGAUCACUUUCCAUCGCAAGAAAAACCUUCAGUAUUACGACAUCUCAGCGAAGUCCAACUACAACUUCGAGAAGCCCUUCCUCUGGCUUGCUCGCAAGCUUGUCGGCAAUCCCGCCCUUGAGUUUGUCGCUGCUCCCGCCCUCGCCCCUCCUGAAGCACAAGUUGACCAUAAGUUUUUGGCCGAAUGUGAGAAAGAAAUGGAGGUAGCUGCUCAGGUUGUUCUCCCAGGGGAGCUUUCUGACGACGACUUGUGAGCGAAAUAACGCUGCUGUCCAUCAGUCGUCUUAAAAUGGGGUUGACGGGGCACAAGCACAUACUGGAGGGUUUUGGUCAGGUCAGGUGGAAAUUCGCGAUAGUAUGCCACAACAUCACCGGUGGGUGCCACUGGCGGCUAUCUGUCAAUGGGCCCUAAGCUAGAUGUUGCAUUGAGUGCCGGAAUGAGGAUACCAGCAGGCAUAUGCGUCAGCGGAAUGGCCUGGCUAGAUAGCAUCAACGACCCCCAAAGCAAGACAUUCAGUUACAUGCUA